AUGAUCUCAGAGUCAGAGGCCGCCCAAUUGCAGGAUUUCCACACGAAACACUUCCCGGGGCAACCAGUCCCAUCUCUCACAAGUCCUUCCGAACAAGAUGCAACUUUGUUGGCGACCGACACGGUCUAUCUUGAAGACGAACCAACCGGCCUGGGAUAUUACAGUGAUGGUACGAGGCGCACCCUAACCGAUGAGCAAAUCAAAAUGUUCAGACACUCGGAGAUCCAACGCCUUCUUAGUGAGAGACGGGCCAAAAAUGAGCGACAAGAAAGACAGAAAAGAAAAUCCGAUCGUGUGCACACAAAUUCGACUACAGUCGAAGUUAAGAAACGCCCGCACUAUGAUGACCCCUCUACAAACCAGAUCGAGACACUUCUUUACGAUGAUGAUACCUCGAAUUCUGCGGAAGCGCCGAAUCUGGUCACUACGAAGGCCAAAACAGAGUUCUUAUGGCCUCAGCUUCGAGACGUAUGA